CUCAACACCAUCAACUUUUAACACCUUUUCAUUCGACUUUCCAUUUCUCUCUCUCUCUCUUUCUUAAUCCGACUUUCUUGCGUUUUAUUGGAAACCAUAGAACUAAAAGACCUUGAUUAAAAAGGCCUCAAGUUCAACAAGUAUGGCUUCCUCACAAUCGCACGGCGGCGGAAUGGGAGGCGGUAAUGGUGGUUCAAUGCCACCUGGCAAUAAUCCAUUCGCCGGAGCUGCAGCUUAUCAUGAUGAAGCAGGAAGUGAAAAUAGUUAUAGACGUGACACUUUUGCCUCAGAAGGCAGUGUUGCCGAUCUAUUACCCAACAAUGGUGGUGGUUAUGAUGCAGAUUCAUACGAAGGCAAUUAUGCUCAAAAUGCAUACUCUGCCGAAUCUGGUCAACGACAAGGUGCUGGUCCAGGUGGAAACCUAUUUCCCGGUCCUGGAAGUUAUGCACCAUCAGGUAUCUCUUCUCCUUAUACAGACUAUCCUGGAGGCAAUGGUGGCGCAGGUUAUCGUCAACGUGAACCCUAUCCAGCAUGGACAGCAGAACAUCAAAUCCCGUUGGCAAAAGAAGAGAUCGAAGACAUCUUUAUCGAUUUGACCAACAAGUUUGGUUUCCAACGCGAUAGCAUGCGAAACAUGUACGACCACUUGAUGAUCUUGCUCGAUUCACGAUCAUCACGCAUGUCACCCAGUCAAUCACUGGCAACUCUACACGCAGAUUACAUUGGUGGUGAACAUGCAAACUAUCGAAAGUGGUACUUUGCCGCUCAAUUGGAUCUGGAUGAUGCAAUCGGCAAAGCACAAAACCCAGGUCUUGCACGGGCUGCAAGUUUGGCCAACAGAGGUGGAAAGAGGGCAGCUAACAUUUCAUCAAAACUCAACGCAAGCGCUAAAUCACUUCAAUCAGCAGAAACAAGGUGGCGUGAUGCAAUGAACAGAAUGAGUGACUACGAUCGUCUUCGUCAAAUUGCAUUGUACCUCUUGUGUUGGGGUGAAGGUGGUCAAGUACGUUUCGUGCCAGAAUGUCUAUGUUUCAUCUUCAAAUGUGCAGAUGACUAUUACCGUUCUCCCGAAUGUCAAAACCGUAUGGACCCCGUUCCAGAAGGCUUGUACUUGCGCGCAGUCGUCAAACCACUAUACAGAUUCUUGCGUGAUCAAGUCUUUGAAGUUGUCGACGGAAAGUUUGUCAAGAAAGAGCGCGACCACGACAAGAUCAUUGGCUACGAUGAUGUCAACCAAUUGUUCUGGUACCCAGAAGGUAUUGGACGUAUCGUUCUAAAUGACAAAACUCGUUUGGUCGAUGUUCCAGCCAAUCAACGAUUCAUGAAAUUCGACAAGAUCGAUUGGAACCGUGUCUUUUUCAAAACAUACAAGGAAAAGCGUAGUUUCUUGCACUUGCUCGUCAACUUUAACCGUAUUUGGAUCUUACACAUUUCUUGUUUCUGGUACUACACAGCAUACAAUGCGCCCAUGAUUUACGAACGUAAAAUGAAUCCCUCUCCCGCACAAUCGUUUUCCGCAUCCGCUCUUGGUGGUGCAGUUUCAACCUUCAUUAUGAUCAUGGCAACUUUGGCAGAAUUCUCUUACAUUCCCACAACUUGGAACAACACAAGUCAUUUGGCAAGACGGAUGAUGUUCUUAAGUGUUUGUUUGGCCGUCACAAUUGCACCUGCAGUUUAUAUUCAUGGAUUUAACCAGCGUGGUACAAUCGCAAACAUUGUUGCUUAUUGUCACAUUGCUGUUGCAGGUUGCAUUACUGGUUUCCUUGCCAUCAUUCCAUCUGGUAGAAUGUUUGGUGAUCGUGUUGCCGGUAAAGCACGCAAGUAUUUGGCCAAUCAGACGUUCACCGCAAGUUAUGCACCUUUGGUACGAUCUCAUCGCAUGGUCAGCAUUUUGCUUUGGUGUUUGGUGUUCGGAUGCAAGCUCACUGAAAGUUACUUCUUCUUGACGCUUUCAUUCCGUGAUCCAUUGGCCGUGAUGAUUACUAUGCGCGUACAAAACUGUAACGACCGUUACUUUGGUUCAUCGCUAUGCUCUUAUCAACCAGCAUUCGCUUUGACAGCAAUGACAAUCAUGGACUUGUGUUUGUUCUUCUUGGACACUUUCUUGUGGUACGUCAUUUGGAACACCGUUUUCAGUAUUGGUUGGUCUUUCUCUAUGGGUUUGUCCAUCUGGACACCUUGGAGCGAUAUCUUCCAACGUUUGCCAAAGCGUAUCUAUGCUAAAUUACUCGCAACUACAGAUAUGGAAAUCAAAUACAAACCAAAGGUGCUCGUCUCACAAGUUUGGAAUGCCAUCAUCAUUUCCAUGUAUCGCGAACAUUUGUUAUCCAUCGAUCACGUUCAAAAGUUAUUGUACCAUCAAGUACCAUCUGGAGAUGACGGAAAGCGUACAUUGCGUGCACCGGCGUUCUUUAUCAGUCAAACAGACAAGGGUGUCAAGCCAGAGUUCUUCCCCAAAGGAUCUGAAGCCGAACGUCGUAUCAGUUUCUUUGCUCAAUCCCUUACAACCGCUUUGCCAGAACCUUUGCCGAUCGACGCUAUGCCAACUUUCACAGUCUUGACGCCACAUUACAGCGAAAAGAUUUUGUUGUCUUUGCGUGAAAUUAUUCGUGAAGAAGAUCAAAACACUCGUGUUACCUUGUUGGAAUACCUCAAGCAAUUGCAUCCAAUCGAAUGGGACAACUUCGUCAAAGAUACAAAGAUUUUGGCAGAAGAAACAAGUGGCUUGGUUGGUGGAUCACCUUUCAGUGACGGAGACGAAAAGAGUGGAAAGAGCUCGGCAAAGACUGAUGAUUUGCCUUUCUACUGCAUCGGUUUCAAAUCUGCUGCUCCCGAAUACACCUUGCGUACUCGUAUCUGGGCUUCUUUGCGUGCUCAAACACUUUACCGUACCGUUUCUGGAUUCAUGAACUAUGCAAAGGCCAUCAAAUUGUUAUACCGUGUCGAAAACCCAGAGGUUGUUCAAUUGUUUGGCGGAAAUACAGAGAAAUUGGAACGUGAAUUGGAACGCAUGAGCAGAAGAAAGUUCAAGUUUGUCAUUUCUAUGCAACGUUACUCUAAAUUCAACAAGGAAGAACAAGAAAACACUGAAUUCUUACUACGUGCUUACCCUGAUUUGCAAAUCGCCUACUUGGACGAAGAAGCUCCACGUAAAGAAGGUGGUGAAUCUCGUUGGUUCUCUGCAUUGGUGGACGGUCAUUCUGAAAUCUUGCCGAACAACAAGCGUCGUCCCAAGUUCCGUAUCGAAUUGCCAGGAAACCCAAUUUUGGGAGACGGUAAAUCUGAUAAUCAAAAUCACGCAAUCGUUUUCCACCGUGGUGAAUACAUCCAAUUGAUCGAUGCCAACCAAGACAAUUAUUUGGAAGAAUGUUUGAAGAUCCGUUCCGUUUUGGGAGAAUUCGAAUCGUUCAAUGUCAGCAGUCAAAACCCUUACGGCAGUGGACAUACAGAACAUUCAACCGCCCCAGUUGCCAUCGUUGGUGCUCGUGAAUACAUUUUCUCCGAGAACAUUGGUAUUUUGGGUGAUGUUGCUGCUGGUAAAGAACAAACGUUCGGUACUAUGGCUGGUCGUGGUUUGGCACAAAUUGGUGGUAAAUUGCAUUAUGGUCACCCGGAUAUCCUCAAUGCUAUUUUCAUGACAACUCGUGGUGGUGUUUCAAAAGCGCAAAAAGGAUUGCACUUGAACGAAGAUAUUUAUGCCGGUAUGACUGCUUUCGGACGUGGUGGUAGAAUCAAGCAUUGCGAGUACUACCAAUGCGGUAAAGGUCGUGAUUUGGGUUUCGGUACAAUUUUGAACUUUACCACCAAAUUGGGUAACGGUAUGGGUGAACAAAUGUUAUCCCGUGAAUACUAUUACCUCGGUACGCAAUUGCCCGUCGAUCGUUUCUUGACUUUCUACUAUGGUCACCCUGGUUUCCACAUCAACAACAUUUUGGUCAUUAUGUCCGUGCAAUUGUUCAUGUUUGCCAUGGUAUUCAUCGGAACGCUCAACUCUUCUCUCAACAUUUGCGGUGUUACGGACAAUGAUUACCAAACCGGAUUGCCAGGUUGCUACUACUUGCACCCCGUCUUCUUGUGGAUCAAACGUACAAUUAUUUCCAUCUUCUUGGUCUUCAUGAUUGCUUUCUUGCCUUUGUUCUUGCAAGAAUUGUCAGAAAGAGGUGCAAUUUCGGCCAUCGUUCGUCUAUCCAAGCAUUUCUUGAGUUUGUCUCCCGUUUUCGAAGUCUUCAGCACGCAAAUCUACAGUCACAGUAUCAUUUCCAACUUGACAUUCGGUGGUGCACGUUACAUUGCUACCGGACGUGGUUUCGCAACUACUCGUCAAAGUUUCGCCUUGCUAUACAGUCGUUUCGCAGGACCGUCAAUUUACACUGGAAUGCGUCUCUUGUUGAUGUUGCUUUACGUCACAUUAUCGUUGUGGAUUCCUCAUUUGAUUUAUUUCUGGGUUUCCAUCUUGGCUCUUUGCAUUUCUCCAUUCUUGUUCAACCCGCAUCAAUUCUCAAUCGGUGAUUUCAUUAUCGAUUACCGUGAAUUCUUGCGCUGGAUGUCGCGUGGUAACAGCAGAAGUCAUGCAAACUCAUGGAUCGGUUACUGUCGUUUGAGCAGAACAAAGGUUACAGGUUACAAGAAGAAGCGUUUGGGACAUCCAAGUGAAAAGUUGGCCGGUGAUGUGCCAAGAGCAAGCUGGAGAACGAUCUUGUUUGCCGAAGUUCUUGGUCCAUUCUGUUUGGCUGUCAUCUUUGUGGUUGCAUAUGCUUUCGUCAAGAGUUUCCAUUCUCCUGGUGAUCCACCAAUGGGCGCAAUCACACGUAUUGCCAUCAUUGCUUUGGGACCAAUCGUUUGGAACGCAGCCAUUUUGUUGAUCAUCUUUAUGAUCAGUAUUUUCCUCGGACCUGCUUUGAACAAUUGCUGCAACAAAUUUGGAUCAGUGAUGGCCGCCAUCGCACACAUUCUUGCCGUUGUUGGUAUGAUUGCUGCAUUCGAAUUCUUGUGGUUCUUGGAACAAUGGAACGCAUCUCACUGUGUUUUGGGUAUCAUUGCCGUUGUUGCCAUCCAAAGAGCAAUUUUCAAGAUUUUGAUUUCGUUGGUUCUAUCGCGUGAAUUGAAGCACGAUGAGACCAACCGAGCAUGGUGGACUGGUCGUUGGUACGGAAGAGGAUUAGGAGGACAUGCAUUCUCGCAACCUGCACGUGAAUUUGUUGUCAAGAUUAUCGAAGCAAGUUUGUUCAGUGCUGACUUUAUUCAAGCACAUAUUUUGCUAUUCGGUCUUUCAAUUCCACUUUUGAUUCCAUUCAUGAACAAGAUUCAUUCUAUGGGAUUGUUCUGGCUACGACCAAGCAGACAAAUUCACGCUCCAAUCUUUUCACUUCGCGCACGCAAACAAAGAAGAUCCAUCAUCAUCCGAUAUGGAUUAUUGUUCAUCUUGGCGGCUGCCAUCUUUGUUUGCUUGAUUGCCAUUCCGGCUAUCUUGGGUUCGACCAUCCAAUUGGAUUGUCAAAUUUGCAAGUCCUUGUAAUUUUUUCUUGAAUCUCAAUUCACUGUAUACGACCGACAUAAUCAACAUAAACAAUCAUACACACAAGGCGAGCUAGCGUACGCAAAAAAGUCUUUCUCUCGCUAUAUCUUACAAACUCUCCUCCUUAUUUUGCAAGCAAUACACUCAAUCCUUACAAGCAAUGUUGCACCGUCAUAUCAAAUGCAGUGCAACACAGCAAUCACCAGCA